UGUGUGUAAGACUGACCUACGGAGGAAACUCACUAGUUUAAAAAAUAUAACAACUAUAUUUUGCGUUACAUAGUUGGCAAUAAAAUUUAUGUAGAAAUAAUGGCGAUAAUCUUAAAAAUUUAACUUUCACAAUAAAGUGUGCGUCAUGCCUUAUAAAAAUUGCAAUACAGUAGUGUAAUGGAACUUACCCUUUGCCAACCGCUUAGUAACUUGUUCUUCAAAGUAUUUUAUUUCUACCAGUGUGUGGUAUCGUGAAAAAGUGUAUUAUUUGUCGUUGUAAAAUCAUCAAAAGUAAUAAUGGCGACUGCCAUGUAACGGAUGUUCCGGUGUAAACAAAGGCUUGUGGAAAAAAAAGUGAUAUCUAGUUGACAAAAAAUGAAGUGACGCAACCACUCCAGGUCUAACCUCAAAAUAGCGUAGUAAUGCAGGAAUUACAAGAUUUGGUGUGUUCAGAAUGCCAAGGCGAAUUUAAAACAGCCGCUGCGUUACUGCAACAUUUUGCUUUACAUGCGUCAAACCGCCUUGUGGAGUCUUUAAACAAUGAAAAGCCAUUGACCCUAAAAAAGUUACCAGAUCUAUAUCCUAUCAAUUUUCGGAAAAAAGUUGAUUCUGAUGUUGAAAGCGACUCAGGUGUUGAAGACGUCAAUCCACUGAAGUUUUGUCUGGUUACAAUGGCUGAUGAAGAGGAAAUGCAGGGUAAAGUCCGAAAGUAUCAGUGCAAUUAUUGUUCGAAAAAGUUUGGCUGGCCCACGGAUUUAAAACGACAUAUUUUAAUACACACGGGAGAGCGGCCUUUCCAUUGUCAAAUUUGUAGUUCUACCUUCACCAGAAAUUUUCUACUUAAAAAGCACCAAAGAAAGUGCCAUAAUGAAAGUAUUAUACCUGAUUUAAAACCAAUUGUGGCUGUUAAAUCGCGGAAACAGGAAAAAAGCAGGAUUAAGAGGUUGUUGGUUGGAAGUAUAUGUCAAGAUCAGAUUGAACAAGAACAGUGUAUGUAGAUGAAAUGUUUGCUACAAAAGUAGGUAUGAUAAGAUUUGAAGAGUGCUUGUAGGUUAAUGACAUCCAAGUUUGAUAUUUUUAUUUUAAUUUUGCCAAAGAUUUUCAAAGAAUGUGAUCUUUUUGCUUUGCGUAUUUUUUAUUAUGUUAAUUACUUAUUACUAGUGAUGUGCCUAAUCCUAGUCAAACAAGGCCAAAUUAGUACUUAAUAGAUUUAUAUUUUUAAAUAUUAUUGUAUACAUUUUCAUAUUUUUAUGAAAUAAAGUGCCUCAUUGAGUCA